UAAUGUUAUAGCGCCAUCUGACAAACGCUUUAUAAACAAACUCCAGAGAAACGUGAGGGUGAGAAAAUAUACGGCUUAUACUACAGAUGUCGUCACUUGGGUUGUCUUUACUUACACCACCUAGAGUAAAAUAACAUAAACACUUAUUUAGAGUUUGUUGCAUUUUAUACUAGAUGGCAGUAAACAACAACAGCUGUUCUCUCGUGACCGUUUGUUUUGUUUUUGUGCAGCUAUGUUUACGUUUAUGUCUACAGUCCAGAGACUAUAGAAUAGUGUCAGUCAGCGAACUGCAAAGCAUAGAUUAUGAGUAAUUGUCAAAUUGUCUUUGACACUUUGUGAUUUUGUCAGUCAGUGAGAUUUUGCAGUGUGUUGUGUAGUGUUGAUUCUAGAAAGUCUUCAAUAUUUGUUGAAAUAUUUUAAUUUUAAACGAACAGAUACUGUAUUUUUCAUCUGAUUAAGUGCAUCAAACAAAUGUUCUUCUAAUUUUUGUUUGUUUGUUUUAAUAACUGUGCCAUUUUAAUUGUUUCGGUCACAAAGAGGUUUGGUUUUGUUAACUGUACGCACUACGCAAGGAAUCUAUUCUAACAGCGUUGAAUAUCCCAAUGUGUUUGAAACGAUAAGCGCAUCUUGGUGAAGGAGGACAAGUGCAAGGAUAACUGGCAUGGGUGCUCGGUGAGUGGUGCAGCGCUGAAACAACAUGACCGAAGGCGAGAAACAGCAGAGCGCGGGCGGUGCCAACGCCGCUCCGCAACACAGGAAAGGCCACAGGAGACAAGAAUCAAUGUACGCGAUGACAGGCCUGUAUGCGGAGUCAGGGUGCGCGGACGGCGACGCGGCCGGCUCUGGCACCCCGCCGCCCCCCGCGCACCCGUCGCACCCGCCGCGGGACGCCACCAAGUGCCACAGCAGGAACCCCUCCGCUGGAAUAUGCGACAGAGAGAGGGAGCGAGAGAAAGAGAAGCCCCACCAGAUAUUUCCAGAAAUAUUAGACAUUCCUCAUGACGCGCGAGACUGCGGCAUCCUGUCCUGGAGGCCGCUUUUUAUCCAGAGAUUUUCUAGUAUUAAAGUGUUUGUAUUUUUCCUUUCGUUCCUAGUAACAUUACAACAAGCAUUAAGUUCGGGCUACAUAAACUCUGUGAUCACAACAAUCGAGAAACGUUUCGAAAUACCGUCGAGCCUCUCGGGUCUCAUAGCGAGCAGUUACGAGAUCGGCAACGUCAUCACCGUUAUAUUUGUCUCGUACCUUGGGAGCAGGAGGCACAUUCCUGUUUGGAUAGCUGUCGGUGCUGUUAUAAUGGGCAUAGGGUCGUUGGUGUUCGUCGUACCACACUUCAUAGCGGAGGCGAACAGCGAAAUGUUGGCGAACAACAAGUCUGACGAUAACAUAUGUCGCUUGUCGCAUGCGCUGGAGCAAGACAUGAGUGGCCUCGGCCGGCUGCCUCAGAGCCUGUCGCCAGCAAACCUGAGGCCUGACAACUGUAUUAAGAGUACACCGAGCACUUUCGUGCCUGUCAUGGUGUUCGUGGUCGCGCAACUGUUGCUUGGUUGCGGCGGCUCCCCCCUGCUGACGCUCGGCACUACGUACGUGGACGACCAUGUGCGACCAGAGUCAUCCAGCAUGUAUAUCGGUUGCAUGUAUAGCAUGGCUGCGUUUGGUCCAGUCCUCGGGUUUCUACUUGGCGCAUAUCUACUGUCAUUUCAUAUGGACUCAUUCUCUGGUUCUGUCGUGCCAACAGAUCCAGCUGACCAUCGAUGGGUCGGCAUGUGGUGGGGCGGCUUUUUGCUUUGCGGCCUUUUGCUCAUACUCGUGGCGAUUCCUUUCUUCUCAUUCCCAAAAGUGUUGGUCCGAGAAAAAGAAAAGAUACGUCUAGUCGAGAAAGCCGCCGCGGCGAGUGGCACUUCUGCAGCCAAAACGCCACCAAAGCCUCAAACAGAUAUAAAGGAUACUGGAUAUGGAAAGGAUAUAAAAGACAUUCCGGUAUCGAUGUGGCGACUCCUCAAGAACCCCGUGUAUGUGGUGACUUGCCUGGGCGCGUGCAUGGAGCUCAUGAUAGUGUCGGGCUUUGUGGUGUUCCUGCCCAAGUACCUCGAGACACAGUUCAGCCUUGGCAAGAGUCAGGCCAGCGUUUUUACAGGUUCGAUAGCCAUUCCCGGCGCGUGUAUCGGCAUCUUCAUGGGCGGGUGCCUGCUCAAGCGGCUGGAGCUGCGGCCCAAGGGCGCCGUACAGUUCGUGCUCAUCUCCAACACGAUCUGUCUCUCGUGCUACGCGCUUCUGUUCUUCCUCGGCUGCGACAACAUCAAAAUGGCCGGCACCACGAUACCUUACACGAAUAACAGUAACGUUGAGCCGUUCAAAGUGAACCUGACCGCGGCGUGCAACUUCAACUGCCUGUGCACGGAGACGGACAUGGAGCCCGUGUGCGGCAACAACGGCCUCACGUACUUCUCGCCGUGCCACGCCGGCUGCGCCGCCUUCUCCUCGCCGCGCUCCAACUUCACCAACUGCGCCUGCGUGCACGAGAACAGCCGCGAGGCGGUGGGCGUGGGCGUGGGGAUGGGCGUGGGCGGCGCGUCGGCGUCGGCGCUGACGGCGGGCGCGGCGCGCGAGUACAGCGAGGUGACGGUGGUGCCGGUGGCCACGGCCGGGCCCUGCAACCCGCCCUGCACCACCAUCUUCCCCUUCCUCGUGCUGCUGUUCUUCAUGACCUUCAUCGUCGCCGUCACUCAGAUGCCCUUGCUCAUGAUCGUGCUCAGAUCAGUGAGUGAAGAGGAGCGCUCGUUCGCACUGGGCAUGCAGUUCGUGAUAUUCCGACUGUUCGGCUACAUCCCGGCGCCCAUCGUGUUCGGCAACCUCAUCGACUCCACCUGCAUACUGUGGAAGCAGUCCUGCAGCGGCGAGAAGGGCGGCCGCUGCCUGCUCUACGACAUCGAGCAGUUCCGAUACAGAUACGUCGGUCUUUGUGGUGGUAUAAAAAUAGUGGCUCUGGGAAUAUUCCUCGCGGACUGGUGGCUGGUGCGCCGACGCAAACACCUCGAGACCACGGCGCCGCUCGACCCGCACAAGGACAUCGCCGGCUCCAUCAUCAGUCUAGACAAAUUGUUCGAAGAGUUGCCGUCGGCGGACAACGCGAGCGGGUUCCGCUCGGGCGUGACGUCGGGGCUCAGCUCGGCGACCACCACGCCCAUGGAGCCUCCGGCGGACGAGCACCGGGGCAAGCUGCAGCGCACCGACUCGCAGUACUCGCAGGAGUCGCAGCGCGCCGGCAACAACUCGCGCGUGCUUGUCGCGUCGCGCCACCUGCGCAACGACUCCAAGACCAUCCAGCUGGAGCCGCGCGCGCGCCAGCACGCGGACGAGGAGCGCGCGCGCGCCGCCCGCAGCGACUCGCGCCACUCGCGCGACUUCCCGCGCUCCGCGUCGCGCGACCUGCCGCACUCGCACUCGCGCUCCGCCUCGCGCGACUUCAAGAAGCCGCACUCGCGCUCCGACUCGCGCGACCUCAGCCUCGACCAGCUCAAGCAGCUCGCCAUCAAGAGCAUGGAGAGCCUCGACCUCACCGUGCUGCCGCUGUCCAAGUGCGACGAGGAGAGCAAGCGGCUCAUCGACGGCGGCGGCGUGCUGCGGCACCGGCGCACCAGCUCCAAGGACCUCAAGCCGCCCGAGUGCAAGCACAAGCGCACGUCGUCGCACCACAUCACCAUGGAGCCCAGCGAGCUCAGCCUGCAGCUGCAGAAGGGGCGCAGCGUCGACCAGCUGUCGGCGGCGCCGCUCGACCCCACAGUCUGAGUGCCCUCGAUUAUUAAUCUAAUUGUGUAAAUAGCCAAUUGUUAUCUGAAUCUCAACUUCGGCCAUGGUGACGCAGAGUUUGCGGUGAGACGAACUGAACAAACUUUUAGCAAAAUUGGGUGAUGAUAUGAUAGUGUUGAAGUAGUGAAUAGAAUGAAUAAUUUCUAUAUUUCAGUUAAACGGAGUGAACGCGUCUGCUUCGACGAGGAACUCUCCCGACGGACACUCGCGGGCUUCUUCCUCAGAAGCUGAAUGAGUACUCGUUCUAUUAGUGAUUCGAAUAAAUAAAGUACAUAAUUUUAUAGCAGACUAUAUUAUAAAUAUAUAAAAGUUAUUUCUUCUAUUACGCUUAACCAACCGCGAGUGAUUUUAAACCAUAUCUUACUGUAGUAGUUUAAUUAAUACUAAUCAUAAUUGAGAUAAAUAUUAUCUAUAGCCGCUCUUACAGUAGUAGUUUCUUUUAUUUUAUUUUUUAAAUCUGAUAUAAGCUAUUUUAUGUUCAUAUUGAAAUGGUAGUGAGUAAAUUGUUUGUAUACAGUAUACACACUUCACCACGGCCUAUUUCUGAUUAUUUGAUCUAAAUUAGACUUAGGGUAGUUAGACUGCAUUUAAACUGGAAACUAAAUGCAGUUGACAUAAUUGCAUCAAAAUUACAGAUAUAUGUAUCAAAAUGCAAUAAUUUGUACAAUUAACACGCUAACUGAACGCAGUUGGUUCGCAGUCUAACACAAUUGUUAUAAAAGAACCAAUUUUAUAAUAUUUAAAAAGUUACUAAAAGUUCAACAUAAAAUAAAAAAUUUUAAAAUAAGUUUCUUUCUCACAAUUUAAAAACAUUUUACAUACCUACAAUUUAAAAUUACAUCAUAUUAUAAAAAUGGUUCUAUUGUAAUUGCAUAAAAACUGCAAUGCCAUGAAGGUCCAUAACGUUUUUACUAUUAUUACUUAUUAAGUAUAUAAUUAUUAUGUAGAUUUAAAAAUGCAAAAAGUUCUGUACCUUUUACAGAUGGAAUACGGAUUUUUUUAUAAUACCUGUACUUAAUCAUUUACAAACACAAAGUUGUUCAAAACUGCCUCGCAGAUGUCAGCUUCUUAUAAUUUUUCAAAUAUAUGGUAGCAGAACCGAAAAGAGAAUUUUGGGAUUUACUUGAAGCAAGUCAGAUAAACAUAAGAAAAGACGCAUGUUAUAAUUAUAUAGGAGCGUCUUAUAAAGGACGCACAUUUACAAUCCUACUUUAUACUAAUAUUAUAAACGCGAAAGUUUGUAUGGAUGUUUGUUACUGUAUAAAGUCGCAACUACUGAACCUAUUUGGCUGAAAUUUGGAAUAAAAAUAGGUUUUACUCUGGAUUAACACAUGGGCUUUUCAUCCCGAAAAAAACCAUGGUCCCCGAGGGAUUUGUGAAAAACUAAAUUUCACGCGGAUGAAGUCGCAGGCGUUUGCUAGUAGCAUAUAUCUUCAAAAAUACAUUUCACCAGAAAUACUUAACGAGCAUCAGAUGAAGCUAAAAGCUUGUUACUAGCUGAAAAGUGUACAUUUUGAAAACCUAACGAUUUUAGCGUAACCAAAAGGAAAUAAGAGUUGCACUUGCAACAUUAAUUGCCCUAAACGUGCGGCCCUAGUUAAAAAUAAUUGAUGGAAAUACUCAACAACAUGCAAUUGCAAGAUGUCCUCUCUAUAUUGUGUCUUCCGCGCUGAAUUAAAUCUUGAAAUCCUUUCUUUGGCUCCUCUACUAAUACUGAGACUGCAUCAUGUAUGUUGCUGACAAAGUACUUGUAAAUAAUAUACAAUGUGUAUUGCUGAAAAUGUAAAUGUGGAUGACCCUUAUCCCAAUGAUUAGAAAGUUGCUUUUUCUAUUACAUUCCCACACUUGUUUAAGCUGCGAGCAUAACGAAAUAAAACUAAAGUAUCUAGGCCAAUACCAAUAUCUUAGGCUUGUUUUCUGAAAAAAAAAGGAAAAAAAGCAAAUUUUUAAAAUAGUUUAGGGAUCCAGGAAUGGGUUAGACAAUUUAAAAAUUUGCUUUUAUAUUUUUUUUAGGUGUGGUUUUUUUAGAAACACGACAGAAAAAGAGCAUUUCACACAAACUUGAUAUUUUAUAUAAUGUAAAGAAUUAUAGCUGUUUUAUUUGGCAGCAAGAGUGGGAUUUUAAUGGAAAUAGCUGAACUUACACAAAAAUAAACUAAUGUCGAAAACUUGUGUUACAAUAAGGAUGUUGUUAAUUAUCAGUGAGAUGUUACUCCUCUCAAGCUAAAGCCAUAUUAAGUAUGAAGACACUAAAAAUCAAUGAUUAUAAAAAAUAUAUAAGGUCGAAUUUAAAAACCUGCUCCUUUUUUUCAAGUCGGUUAAAAAGAAAUUUUAAGAAAUUUUGUUGAUAAAUGGUACUAGUUGGUUGUUGGUAGUGUUAAAAAAAUAACUGUUUAUUAUCUGCCUGCUGUCCACAAACUGGUUUUUAUUUAACAAAUUAACAAACAGAACAGUUGGCUAGAGGUAAUAACAUAUCACUGGGAACAUUUAUUAAAUUGACACUCAAUUGAUUAUUGUAAAAUGUUCGUAUGUAUGAAAGUUUUGUAUUCUCUUAUUCUAGAACCUAAAAACAAUAUAGAUUACUUAAAAACAGCUUGCACAAAAACACUUAUGUUCUCUCAAACUAUCCUAUUCUCCACGCAAUGUAGAUUAGCAUUUAUUUUGAAAAAUAACCACUUCGACUUUACCAUUCUCGAAUAUAAUAUACCUUAGAAUUAUACUAUAAACUCAAAUAAAAGCGUAAAUGUAGUAUGAACACUUGCAAUAUUAUGUAUAUCUAAAAGAAGUAUUUGAUGAUUGAGACCUUGAUAACUGAAUGAUUUGUUAUACAAUCCAAAUGUUUUAUCAAAUUAAUUAUAAUAAUACACACAGUACAAAUCUAUAAAUAAAUAACCAUUUAUAAAAUUAUUAUAAUAUUUCAGUUAUAUUUUUUUUUUGAACAAACACUUUUGAUUCUGCUGUGAAAAUUUUUGAAUGUUAGUGAAGUUAACUUUGUUUUAAUUUUUUGUGAUAUAUGUAACAUAUAUUUUGACUUAUAAGUAGUCGAAUUUUAUAAAAAUAAAAUUAUUUAUUAUCCAUAGGUAGUUAAAUAAGCCUACUCUCAACUUUUAUUUAUAUACAUUACAAUGUAAUGUGAUCAUUUAAGUUAAUAUUUCAUUGAACAAUUUCAGGUUGUGAUGGGUUUAUGCUUUUGUUUAAUAAUUUAAAGACAAUUGAAACAGUAAUUAGUAAUAUAAAUGAUUGUAGGCUUAUUAAUUCACAUAACACAGACCAACUGCCAAUUUAUUAUUUUUGCUCUGUUUAUAAAAAUGUGUAAACUAUAAACCAUACAAUGUUCAUAAUUGAGAUUAUUUAAAUAUUGCCCAGCAUUUAUUGCAAUUACUCAAAGAACAAUUAUUACGACCAAUUCGUAUAAAAUAAUUGUAUUAAUUAGAGCCGUAAAAGAUUUUGAAUAUGAGGAGAAUAAUUUCAGUAUCUGGCAAAACAUUGUUGCAAUGCAAGGACCAUGCAUUAGAUUAAUUGUCAUAUUCAUUGUUAGCGGAAUCAAUAAGCUUAUUGGAGAGGUAAUAUUGGCCAUAUUAUUUACCUAGCAAAUAUGCCUUUUUUGAAUUAAAAAAUAACAAGGUACUUUAGGUAUGAGCACAGCAAUAUGAGAUAAAUGGUAUAUUGGACAAACAAACAAACCUUCAAUAUUAUAUAUAUUAUUAUGUAUAAGAUUAUAACUGAAAAUAUUUGCUGAACCUCAGUCUUUCUUUGUAGUUCUCAUUAAAAUGUCAAUUCAUAGGCUGCUGUUUCUAAGAGCCCCUUUACAUUGGCAUUCGUGAUACUUAUGUAUGUACAUUGUACAGUAAAAGCUCAACAGUUAGCAUUAGUGUUGCCAGGUGUCCGGAUCAAGCCAGACAUAGUUAGAUUUUCUAUUCCAUGUCCGACCAUAAUAAACGGUCGGUUUUUGUUAGACUUUACAUUUAGCAAACGAGCGCUGAACGCUUAAGUCUUGAUUUGACACAAAAAUUGUUGUACCUAUUUAAUACUGUUGUGCACAAAAUCCUCAGUAAUAGGCUGUCUGGUUUUUUUUACCCAAAUAUCAGGCCAAACUAAUUGGACUGUCCGACUUUUAAUUUCGGCGACCUGGCAACCCUAGUUAGCAUCAUAUGGGUGAGACGCAAGCAGUGCAAUUGUUACACUGCACAUAGUAUAUUUGACUGACGCCUAUGCUAGUGUGAAGGGGCUGUAAGUUGAAAAUUCAAUUACUACUGUAGUAAUAUUAUUUUAGUACGAAAUAUUUUUAAAUUAAAUAUUUAUCUUGUAUAAUAUAAGAAAAAGACAAAGGAAGAUUCAUUGUAAAUUUUUGUCAUAUAUUUGUUAAGAGAGAAAUAGUUUGAUAUGAAGAGUGUUAUAUCUAAUAAAAAUGCCUUAUUACAAUAGGUUCUAAGACUUGAUACUGACUUAGCUGUGAAAAAGUUGUUGCGUCGAAUGCAAAUGAUGAUAGGUUUGAUGAUAGCAACUCCUAAUUUGUUGCAUUUAGUGAUUAAUAAAAUUGCAUACACAUUU